AGCUGACCUGGGACUAGAAAAGCAGCUUCAUCCGGCUGCAGAUUCUGGAGCCGGUUCCGUUUGGGUCCUUUGAGGGGACUGUCGGGACGGCCCGGGCUUGCUCUGUCCAGGCCAGGGUCCCGCGGAGAAGUUAGGGGAAGGUCCAAGUCCUUGGACCCAGAUCACAGACCGACUGCGUCCCCGCCGGGAGCGGUCCCAGACUGAGCGGGGGUCUCCCCGCAGCCAGGGCUGACUCCUCACCUCUCUCUCUGCAGGGUCCUCCAUAUCUCGCUUCCCUGCUCCUCUUCCUCGGUCCCUUCCCCCAUGACGGACCCCCUGAUGCUCCCCAUGGGCCACGGAGUUCCGGGGCUGCAGCCUCACCGUCUGGGGGUGGGGACUCUGACCCCCAGUCCCCAUGUAUUCCGGACUCUGCCUCCUGCCUCCGACGGCUUCCCGCACCCCUAUGCUGGGCCCGGCCUGGAGAACGGCGACCUGCGCCCCCGGCCCAACUCAGCUGUCCAGCUGGGACCCCCGCUGCCAGAGUCCGGGACCCUGCUGUACUCGGGGCAGCCUGGGCCCUUCCCAGGACCACCACGGCCGCCACAGCUCGCGACCAGCCUGCAUAGGCAGAAACUCCACCCUUUCUACCAGGGCCACCCUGCGGGGUGUGCCUUGGGCCCAGGCAGCCCGCAGUGCUGGCCGGGCCCUCUGGGCCCACACUUGGCGCCCCCGGCACUGACCUUGAGCUGUGUGGACGCCGAGCUCAUCGACGAGGAGACGCUGACUUCUUUGGAGCAGGAGCUGGGGCUGGACCGGGUGCAGGAGUUGCCCGAGCUCUUCCUGGGACAGAACGAGUUCGAUUGCCUCUGGGACUUUGGGGGCAAACAGCAGGCUGGGGCCGUGAGCUGCUGAGGGCCCCAGGGCGCUGACCUUUUUGAGGAUUUCCCAUGCCCUCUCCCUGGCCGGGCUAGCAGACAACCAUGCCUACCCUAGUUUCCCUUCUUUUUAGGUUAGGAGCCUUGCCCCUGGAUCUCAUUUGAGAUACCCCUGGCUCGUUCUGGAGUAAAGAGACUUGGAGGAAGGGGUUCAUGCUUGGGGAGGUGCCCCCACCAGCUUAGAUUGUCUGUUCCCCCCGGGGUUUAAAAUGUCUGGAUUGGGGUUUAUGGAGGAGACUCUGUGGCGCUGCAGAAUGCUUGUUAGACCCCCUAACCUAUGUAUCGGAAGAUGGUCAAGGGCAUAAACAGAAUUUGAACUCAGGUCUUCUGGCUUUAAGUUCUUUCCCACUAUAGCAGACUUAACUGUGGAGGCUUUUAGCUGGGGGUGGGAGGGGAAUGAUAGCUGCCUGCCCUUAUAUCUUCUGCUGAGCCAUUUUAGGCCACGGGUCUAUACCAGACUUUCCUUUCCUCUUUCCAAGACUCUCUCCCAUCUGGCUGAAAGUAGUACUGCUGGCACUUGGCAAAGGGCUCCCUGGACUUGCCUCAGGGGCACUGGCAAGGUGUACCCGGGUCACUUCGGACUUGGACUUUUUCUGCAAACCACUGCCCCUACGUUGGGGCUGUUUGGGGAGGGGGAUUCCCCAGCUGGUGGGGGGCUUCCUGGCUUAAGGUCAUUGUCCUCUCUUUGCCUUGAAAGCCAAAAUAAAUCUGUUUCUUUUUGGG